UUGAUUGUCUGAUUUUAGUUUAUCUGUUAAAAUCAUGUUAUUUUCAAUGUGAAAAUUUAAGAUUAAAAAUUUUGAAAUUACUGAUGACAAGAUAAGGUGCCCUUACACUGCAUUAAUUUACACCAUGGAGAUGGAAGUCCUCACACUGCAUUGUGUAAAUGGGCUGCACCAGCUACGCAUUUCCUCUGAAAGGAAAUUUGUUUAGACGAUCCCUACUUCCUGUGCCUCCUCAGGGCUCCUGCUACCGAGUGACAAUUAUGCUAAUGAGCUGAGCUCACUGCGCUGCGCACAAACCCAGCUACCCCAUGAGCAAUCAAUUACCGGGCUCGGGAAGAGGUGCAACAGUGCAUUCUGGGUAACUGCAUUAGCAAUGCAAGGGAAAUAGCCUUGUCAACGCUGUGUGUACAUAGCACACUACCCUUCAUCCCUUUUACUCUCUCUGAUACACAGACAGAGGAGCUUGCGAUUUCGCUGUCUUGAUCGCAAGCCAAUUUUGUCUUCUAAAUCCUCAUUCGCCGCCAUAUUGUGUGCGUGCCGAACCUAUGUAGGCACACACAAAGCGAAUGAUGGUUUGUAUAUAAAUGUAUAUUAACUAUACAUAAUCAUCAUCGUUUGCUGUUGUUUUGCGUUUUUAGAACACUGUAAUCACUUAAUUUGUUUAAUUUGGAUUCUCUAAGCAGUGUUGGAGACAGGGCUCAGAAGAUGAUGUGGAUUAAUAAUCAUUAUUUUAGUGAAAUGAUCACUUUUUAGAGUGAAGUACAGAUGUCGCCGGAGUGGGAGAGCCGUGUUUUGUUUGGUCGAGUCCUUUCAUCGUCAUUGUGUUUAUAUCUGUCUUUUUUAUUGUCAUCCUCAUCUGUGUCUUUGUGCUGUGGUCGGUAGCUGAGCCACCUUCACAAGGGGCUCCCUCAUCCAGCGAGAUGCCAUCUGGAUCAUGGAACAACAAGGGUGUCAGCAUCCAAAGCUCUGACUUCACUGAUGCGGGAUAUGCCUAUCAGUCCCUCUACCAGCCUGUUGUCAAGGCAACCCAUCAAGAAAACCUCCAUCUGCAGCAGCAACAGCAGCAGCAGCAGAAACAACAGCAGAGUAGCAAUGGAUUCUCUCUGGAUUCUCACCACUUUAUGGACCUGUCACAGGUUUUGAAAGAGGUGGAGGAUGAGGGGAGUCUUAUUCCAUCGCCAGCAAGGCUGUUGGAGAGGAAGAGGCAACUCAGCGAGGAUGAAGAAUCCCCAUCUGAAGAGUAUACGAGCCAUGCUUCCAUCGAGCAACUCAAGAAUGCGUAUUCUAUCAGCCUAGACAGCCUUAAUGAGAACAAUGUGGACAUGUCCUGCAGGAUCUCUCAGGAUAGAUGUAGGAUUGACUAUGACAGUGACAAAACACCCACUGUGGAUAAGAGCUUUUGGUCAGAGUCUGAUGAUGACAGUCCAGUGGUGGAAGGUGAGGAUUCCUUCUACUAUGCAGAUGCUGAAGGAAAUAACUACCAUCAGGUAUCCACCAUCACUGGCUCAGUAUUAGAGACACCUACAAAUCUUAACACCUACAUCCAACCAUGUGAUCAGGACAUUGAAAAGGAAAUAAGAAAUAUUGGCGUUGUAACAGAUGAUUAUGAAUUCAACAAUGAACUGGGAGAAGAAUUUGAUGAUGGAGUGAAGAGCUGUUCAUCCCAUGAAGCAACAAGCUCUGCCUCAUCAGAAAGUCUCAGAUCUGCUUAUUCCUUGCAGACACCUGCCUUGUCAUCCAGUCCAGAGAGUUAUGAGAUGCUGUAUCGAAGCUUUGAGGUGGCCUCAAUGCUCGACAAAGAACGAAAAAAGAAUGGUGUGGAUAUAAGCGACCCACCAGAGGAAUCUCUGCUGGAUAUUCUUAAUAAGGCCUCGCCUAAACUACAAAGGAUGAACUAUCAUAGAGCAGAAAAGGGUGGCAGUGAAAAUAGCAAUUCUGAAGAGUCAAGUCCUUCUUCCAUAACUUCAGGAUCACCUGGAGACCCAAAUAUUUGUGUACAUCAAAGUGAGAGAAGUGAUCAUGACCUUCUGUCACUUACCCUGGAUUUUACAAAUAAUAAAGCUCAUUCAGCAGAAAACCUCAGUUCCUCAGGUGUAAUUACCUUUGCUCAAAUUGCUCAACAGAGAAGGAAGCCAGAACCCAAGGAAAUCAGAAAAGAAAAGAACAAUGCUCAAGAAAGCUUGUUGCACUGGACUGAGUUACUUUCCAUCAAGGGAGCAUCUUCCUGUGCUCAGGAUAUUCCUGGGGCAGGAGCUCCAUGUGACAGCCAUGAACAACUCUCUGAUGCCCCCAGGAGACCACAAUCACUGCCCAUCCAGCUGAGGCAUCUACAGAAACCCACCAUACGCCCUCAUGCCACACCUCCGCAUCUACCCAAUGGAGUGAUGAGGACUCUGAGUGCACCUGAGGGUAUCAACACAACACAAAGGACAUGUAGGUCUUGGGGAGACCAUGAUGAGGGGAUUGGGGAACUCUCGGAGUCUGAGGUUGAAGAUCUCUCCCCUGAUCCAGUGAAUGAGCCCACCUCAGCUGACCCACCAACUCAACAUCUCCUACACCCUGAGCGAAUAGAGUUUGGAGGUUUAGUCCCACAAAGAAGACAAAGAACUGCCACAUGGUGUGGAUCCAUUGGGGCCAUUAGGAGACCUUUACUUAGCAGCAGGGAGCAUUUAUCAGAUACAGAUAGCCUAGACUCGUGGCAGCCUCCCCAGUCUACUGAUAUCAAUGCUAAUGUUGCUUCCAAUGGACGAUCCCCCAGUGAACAAAGCAAUGAUGGUGUUUCCGCGCUAUAUAAUGCAAGGAGCAUGCCCCUGAAUACAUCUCUGUGCAGGAAAAACUUCUUAUCAAAUCGUGAUAAUGUGCAACGCUCGCGUAAGAGACACUAUUGUAAAGAUACCUAUGCAGAGCGUAUGUUACAGCAUGGUGGUGUGUUCAUCAGUGGAACUGAAAACAAACCAUUCUUGCUUCAAGAGAUUGACUCUAGUAGCAAAACUGGAGCAGCUUCAGCUGCCUCUAAGACACGCAGUCUGCCCAGGAAUCUUGGGGUCACCAGGAGACGCUCUGGUGGCAACAAUGCCGGUAAAAGCCGUCCCAAGAGCAUGGAAGGACUUCCAUCAUUCUCUCUGGGUCUGGAUGAUGAGAAGCUUGCUUCUUGGACGCAGGAAUUCGCAACACUCAACAAAUCCAAGUCCCAGGAAGAAAAGUUGAGCAACAGCUGGAUUAAUCCUCAAGCUGAAUUGGACAAACCUGCUGCUCCUGGAGUAUCUGCAGUGCAGCAAGAAUGGAAUGAAUCAGAUGAAGCAGACUAUGCUUCUCUGAAAUCUUCCCUUCUGGACAAAGCUCCAGACCAGCAGACCAAGGUGACAUGUGAAGAAGUUCAAACCAGCAAGGAUGAAAGUGAGACCUUCUCAUCCUCGAGACGCAUCAUCAGGAUUGAUAAUGUUGCUAAGGAUGCAGAAGUGAAGUACAUCAAACACCGCCCUCUCAAGCCCAUCCAUGUGGUAGAUGCAGAGCAUCAUCGAAAGAAAGUUCUUGAGAGACUAUCGGUCUUGCAGCCUCCAUCAAGUGCCCCUGCAACGGGAGUCCUACCACAGGAUUGGCAGUCCUUUACACAUCCCACCGCUGCCACCAAAAACCCAUCAACUAGAGGACAUCGCAGACAGAGAUCUGAUGCCACUGCCAAUACCACCUCUACCAUCUCUACCACUUCCAGUAGAAGCCAGUCUUUGAUUAGAAGGGAAGGCUUUUGGGCAUGGGCGACUGGCAGGCAACCUGUCAGGGCAAAGAUAAUGAGCAGCAUGGAAAGUUCAGGGACAGCAUCCACCCACCAGGGUGGUGCCUCUAGAGGCUUGAGGAAUCAAAUAAGACCUCUUUCUCUCUCUGUGGCCCAUGAUGACUGGGAUACCUUAGAGUCCAUGCCUCCUCAGGUUAUGAAGGUUUCACCAAGAGAAGAAGGGCAUAACUCCACAAUUGACAUCAUCCAGAAGAGAGCCCUUGUAGCUGAAGUGAACGCAGCAGUUGCCCAGCUUUUGGCUCACUUUUCUCAGGCCAAGACAGGACACCCAGAGGAAAAGGCCCAACUUGGCAACACAUGGAAGACCCCUGACAUUGGUCACUUGGCCCUUCACUACCUAUGCCCUGCCCUGAUGAGGAUACUUCAGGAUGGACUCCGCCCCCAUAGUACCAGUUUCUUGGUGGGACGUAUCAAGAACACAACUUGGACCAUCGUUGAGGCUACUACACAACUUGGUCCAGGAACUCGAUUACUUCAUGAACUCGCAUCCACCGUGUCUAAAGACAUCCGUCUCAAAGACAGCAAGUUAAGAACCCAUGCUUUCUUCCUUGGCCUCCUCAACAUCCGUUGUAUGGAGACUUGGCUUGAACACAUCAGGACAUAUCCAGAAUCCAUCAAACGUCUUUAUGAGCCCACCGCAUUUCUUUCUCUGAUCAACACUGCCCCUUUCCAGCAACUCUUCAGUGAUCUUCUUGUGGCUGUUCAGCCUCUUGCUCAGCUCCCCUUCAAUCUUGACCAUGGUUUUGAGUAUGGUUACAUUCAGGCAGAGAAUAUGAGGCAGAGGGAGAAACAGCAGCUUAUGGAACAGCACAUGGAAGGUGCACAACAUGGUGGACUCAAUACUAAUAGUCUAGUGGACGCAAGACAACACACGGAGGGAGGUAAUACAACAAGUGGAUUCCCCACCGUACACCUCUUUGGACGGGCGCCGAGACGGGACGUAGUGCCCUCGCAGAGGCCAAACAACACAGGCAUGUAUAGCUCAAUGACUGUCAAGCGCAAUAUGCGCAGAGUAACUCCAGUAGGGCGGCAGGAGUCUUCAGAACAGCCUACUAUGCAAGGAGGGCUGUUGAGGACAGUGAAUAGCACCCCUGUGGAGAAUGUAUCGGGUCAUGAACUGGAGACAGGGAGUGGUCUGAUGAGACCAAACCCUGUAAAUCCUCAGUCAAAUAGAUGGUCACUUGGAUGGAUCAAGGAGUUUGCAUCGUCUGUGGCUGCACAACAACCAGAGAGAACACCUUCAAGAACUGUACAGAGCAGUUCUAAGUAUGAUGUAGGGAGGAGGAGUAAGAGUGUGGACCUACAAGGAUCUAUGGUAUCACAGGGCUUCUCAGUCUCAUCUGGAUGGGGCAAGAUUGGAGCAAGCUUCUCCAAGAUGUGGAAUCAAGUGAUGCCCCCACAGGCCCCUGUUGAGCCCAAACCAGUCCCAUCCACUCCCCCACCUACCCCAUCAAUGGAAGAUGAAAUAAGACAGGUCGGUGAUGGUCAGAGCCCAUGCCAACACCAUUCACCUACAUCAUCCAAACCAAGCCCAGGGAGUCCUGUAAAGGCUCUCUGCCACCAUGUCAGCAUGACAGAAGGUGAACUGUGCUUCUCCAAGGGCGAUGUCCUCACCGUUGACAGACAGGUGGAUCCAGAUUGGUUACUCUGUUCCCAUGGUAACGAAUCAGGUUUGGUCCACAUCGAGUACGUCCAGGGUCUGGAAUGAAGGUCCUGCCCCUGACCAGCAUGCCGAAGCUUCUGACCAGUCAUGUCCAUGGCAUUGAAGCCAUGACAACAAAGAUCCAUACCCGAGGCCUUGAAGGCCUUUGAUGUGAUAAUGAAUGAAACUGAUGUACAAGUUGCUGUGUAUAUACACUCACCUUCAUCUUCAGUUCAGAAUGAGGUUAUACGAUGCUCUUCUGGACCAGCAGAUAUUGCCUGAUUGUCUCUGUUAUAAUGAGAAUACUGAAAAUGAGACAUUGCAUUUGUACUUAAUGCACAAUUAUACAUUAGUGCAAUCAAUUUAUCUGCCAUUUGACAUGCUGAAAAUGCAUUGAUUUUAAAGCAGUAAAUGUUAUAUGAAAAUAGCUAUAAACAAGCUUUAUGAAAAAUAGAAAUAUUAUUGAAAUUGCUGAAAAUUGCAAAAUGAUACUUAUAAAACUUUUUUUCAAAUACCACAUGAAUAUCAGUUCCUACUAUAAAGUUACAAUAUGGACAGAUACUAUACCAACUUAUGCAAGCAGAUGUAUAUUUGCACAUUUUGUCAUGAAUACUUCGUUUCGGUGCAAUUUUACUGAAGAAAAAGUAAGUGCUGCUUUUGUCAAAUUAUUUACACUUAUACCUUACUUGCUUUUAAGCAGUACAAUUAUAUGAGGAAGCUCAAAACACAAGGUGUACGGUUUCUGAAGGACUUUUUUUAUGCAAAAAAAGUAAUUCAGAGUUAUACUCAUUGAAGCAUCAAACAUAUUUGACAAACAACCAAGCAAAGCGUUCUAGAUAUAAUUUACCUUUAUUAUGUGACCAAAUUGAAUAAAUGCCUGAUUGGCUAAGAUAAUAUCUAUUUAUUGGCAAAUUGAUAUUGAGUGAAAGUAUAUAUUUGAGUAAUUUUUUUUUCGAUUAUUCAUUCUAAUAGACUUUCAAUGUUUUCUUUCCAUUAAGACAGUUAACUUUGAAUUUAUAUCUUUUGUAUUUACAAUGGACUAAAAAAAAAAGAAUGACUGAUUGCUUCAAUGAAACAAUUCUACUUCCAAUUCCUACAAAAAUUACUGAAAAAAUUAUAUUCUAUUUAAUGUUAUGUAUCAAAAGAAUGAAUCAAGAAUACAUAAUUUGCUUUCUACUGCCACAUGGCUACCUUAUUUCUUACAGUCUUGCCUACUAUGAUCAUCUCAGCGGAAUUAUCCAUUAAACAAAUUUGUCUUAGAAAAUCUAAAAAUCCUGUAUUUAUUUAAUAAAAAUAUAUAAAUUGUAAAAUAUGAAAAUAUUUACCUCUCUGUAAAGGGAUUGUUGCUUUGGUCUUAGAUUUAGCCCACCUGUAAAUUAUGCUUCUUUGUUUUGUACACUAAUGUACAUAUUCAUUUAUCAUUGGUUUCAGAAUAUUUAUUUGAAAAAAAAAAAUGAGUGGCAGCUCACAAUAGAUUGUUUUGCUUCUAUCUUGCUUGGUGUACUUCCUGCUCAAAACUCUUGGGGAGCUAGAAUGUUAAACAUUGGUAUUGGUAAUGUACAGUUUUAUUUUAUAAUCUUGUUAGGGUAGGAAAUUUUGAAGUGAAUCCAAGGGAUGUUAUUUCUUUUUGAGCUGUACUGAUGGCAGUAGGCAUGGACAAGAUGAAUGACUUUCAGAUAUGAAAUAAUCAUUUAUGUAAGAUAUUCAAUCCGAUUGGGUAAUGAAUAAAGUUUCUGAUGGCUUUAAAUUCAUAGUUACUAGACAUCUUCACAUCCGACAUGCCUUUCUGUUUCUGUUUGUGGUAACUCCCGUAGGAACUCGGCAGGACAGCAUUUUUGGCUGGUAAACGCCAAGCUGGC